AUGAGCCUAUCGAACAUUUGGUCCGAUUUCAUUGAAGGCUCCGAUUUUCCUAUAGUAAAUGAAGAAAACGUGUUGCUCGAUUUAGACCGCAGCUUUGAUUCCAAUAUCCCAACAAUAGAAGUUGAGUCGGUUGAAUCCAAUUUACAACCUAAUCCCUUAACCAAUAAUGAAGUGUCACAGCUUGAUCAAGAAAAUUUUCGUUUCCCCGAUAAUCAUCAUAACGUGCUACGCUAUUUUUAUUCAGUCGAUGCAAUUACUACUCGACUUGAGGAAUUGCAUCAAAAGGAACAACAAAAUAAUGAAUCUAUCGACAUUUGGUCCAAUUUCAUUAGAGGCUCCGACCUUCCUAUAGUAAAUGAAGAAAAUGUGUUGCUCGAUUUAGAUCGUAGUUUUGAUUCCGAUAGUCCAAUAAUAGAUAUUGAGGUGAUUGAGUCCGAUUGA